UGAGCAUUGCUUCAUUAUCCUAGAAACCUGAACCUGUAAUUAAGCUUUAGGGCUGUCGGAUAUACCAUCCUGCUGGUUUAGUUUCAGUCGACCUACACGGCUAGCUUUGGCGUCAAAAAGCGAUGACGAUGCCUGCGAUGGAUCGAAAGUUCUAUUUUCAAGAUUGGAAAUUGGGAGCUAUUUUCAGUUUUGUUGGCAUGAAUAUGGGUGCAAUCCUCAUCACCGCAACUAUACCUUUAGCAAUCAUUACCAUGGGUGAAACAAAUGUCGAAGAAAUUGCGGAAAACUGUGCAUCAUUCAGGCCUCUCUCUCACUGGCUAAUAGGAAUGGGCGGAAUUACAUUUCUGGCAUGCACACUUGCGUUGAUUGCUACAUUUGCACAUAAACGACUUUAUCAUAUCUUCGUCACUGUGUUUCUAAUCAUUAACACUGGCUUAGCUCUAGCAUUGCUUAUCUGGGGAUUAAUUCCAACUGAUGCACGAAAAGAAUAUAUUGGCGAAGUUUGGAAAGAAGCUGAUAUGAGAACGAAAAACUUGAUACAAAAUCACUACUCUUGCUGUGGUUUCGAUUCUCCUGACGAAUAUCGAUCAAAAGAUUCAUCUUGUUACGCAAACGAGACUCUUCGCAUUUAUUGGCCAGACGGUUGCUAUGACAAAAUGACAUCACAAUCAUUACCAACGCCUACCGUCAACACCACGGACGGAGACACUUUAACAUUUGAAGACAAGUCAACGUUACACGUUUUCCUAUUUGCAUUCGUUCUGCCGUUUGUCGUUCUGGUGUUCAUCGACUUCAUUAUGUUUGUAAUAUUUAUGGCCGGCAUUCUCAAACGACAGGAAAGGGACAAUGACUCGAAAGAGAAUUCAAUCAAGGACGCGCAAGUUUACCAAAACGAGAUGGCGCUAGAGUCCGAGCAAGAAAAUCAACAAAACGGAGUAGACAAAUCACCUGAUACCGCCAUCAUCACGAUGUCAAAAGUAGUGGAUAAUGCGUCAUCAAUUGGUGACGUCACGAAAGAUAGAGAGGUAACAAAAAAGAAGUGGUAUGCAAAGAUUCCUGACGCGAUUUCUUCGACACUGGAAAACGGAUUUUACUGGUUAGGAGUGCAAGUAGGGAGCAACCCCAAGAUGGUGAUACUACUCUCGUUGAUUCUUACAGGAACUCUUUUCAUUGGCCUCUUACAACGCCGAGAACAACCCACGGGUAGCAGUGGAUUUUUGCCGGAAGACGCGCAAAUAAUAAAGGAAUAUGUUGCAUACAGACAGACAUUCCCCGUUGUGGAUAGAGAUCAAACAAUAUUAAUUGUCGCUGAAGACAAUUUGCUUACUGAAGAUAAGUUCAGGGCAAUGGCAAAAAUUGACGCAAAAAUCAGAAGCCUCAACGGUACAAAAGGAAGAACGUUUUCUCAGAUUUGCACAAAGUCAGCAGGACAAUGUAAGGAACGUUCGUUGUUUGAGUUUUGGAGUUUCAACGAGACUGCUCUGGCUAUGGUGACAACCGACGAAAUAAAAGAAAAAAUCAACGGCGAUCUUGUGAGUCCAGUAUUCCGAGAUGAAGUCGAUAUAACUACGAUGAUAGGAGGAAUUACAAGAGAUGGCAAAGGAGAUAUCAUAGGAGCAAAGGCCCACAGAAUGUAUUACGUCGUGUCACGUAAAGACGACGACUGGGAAAAAGCUUUCAUUGAAGUGGGAAACGCCGAAUACGAAGGUUUUUCGGUCUACGUGGAAUCGCGCGGAAGUCGAUCACUAGAAGCAGGGACCGGUUACCGAAAAGAUUUGCCUCUAUUAUUUGCUGGAUUUGCUCUCAUUUUUGUUUACAUCAUACUCAUGACUGGAAAAUUUUCGCUCUUAGAACACAGAACAUACAUCGCCAUGAUGGGAAUCGUCACCGCUGGUUUGUCAAUGGGAGCUGGCAUUGGUUUAUCCGCCUCCUUUGGAUUCGAAUGGUCUGUUAUUCACCUUGUUGCCCCGUUUCUCAUUAUUGGAAUAGGAGUGGAUGACAUGUUUAUUUUAAUUCAAUCUUGGAAUACUAUUGACGAUGAUCCACAUCUUAGAAAACUACCGUUAGCGAAGAAAUCUGGGCAUGCAUUGAAGUCUGCCGGAGUCUCUAUAACUGUGACAUCGGUGACGGAUCUUGUUGCAUUUGCGGUUGGGUCAUCAAGCGAACUCGGUUCCUUUGCUUCCUUCAGUAUUUAUGUUGCUGUCUGCAUUAUAUUGCUAUUCUUUUUACAAUGCACAUUAUUCCUGGCAUGCACCGUUCUUGAUCAACGAAGGAGAGAAGAAAAUUAUGACGCAUGCCUCGCCUGUUGCUACAAACAUGAUGAAAAUUACAAGCAAAGUGAAUGUUCCCAACGAGAAUUCUUCGCAACGUUCUUUGAAGACGUCAUCGGAAAAGUUGUUCAGAUGUUUCCGGUACAGAUCGCAGUAAUUCUGGCAACCCUGGGACUAACUGCACUCAUGGGAUGGGGUUUUACUCUCUUAAAAGUCAGCUUCGAUCCCGAUUGGUACCUUCCACAAGAAAGUUACCUGAUUCCAUUCGGCAAAGAAUACGACAAGUACUUUGCUCCGGGGCAAGAUGCCGCCAUUUUUAUCAUCGACGCAGAUUUUUAUGAAGAAAGAGAUAAACUUCAUAUUUUGUACGAAAAAUUGAAGAAAAACACUAACAUAGACCCGACAACUUUAACAAGCUGGUUUGAGAACUACGUGUACUGGAUGUCAACAGAGAAGAAUGUAACCGAUAUAUACAAAGACGAUGCUUAUGUUAACUCCCAGCAGUUCUUCGGGUCUGUCAUGGAAUAUUUAACUGGAAAAGGAAGAGUUUAUGCAAGUGAAGUUGCAGUGCGAUUUGGGAAGAUUGUAGGAUCGCGGUUCCGCGUUCAACACAUAGCAGUCGAGGAAAAUGUUCAAAAUGUGGAUAUCAUGGAUAGUUUGCAUGAAGUUUGUGAUUCAGUGGGAUUCAGCGACUAUUCAUUUCCCUUUCAUAGAUCCUACUUCCAAUUCAGUAUCAUGAAGAUAAUCAGAUCAGAAGUUUACAGAAACCUUGGUAUCACAUUACUAUGUGUAUUUGUGAUGGUACUGCCAAUGAUAGCGAGUCUACAAAUGAGUUUCUGGGUUGUCAUAUGUGUUGUGUUCACCAUUAUUGAUGUUGCCGGAAGCAUGUACUUCACAGGUCUCACAAUUGAAACCAGUACAAUUAUCACACUCCUGCUCUCAGUUGGUCUUGCUGUCGAUUACGCUGCUCACGUUGCCCAUAAGUUUCUUACUCUUCGUGGGACGAAAAGAAUGAGAGUUCGCGUCACUCUAGGUCAGAUAGGACCAGCUGUAUUCAAUGGAGGAUUCAGCACUUUCCUAGCUCUUGUGUUACUGAGCGGAUCGAAUACUUAUUCCUACAAAGUAUUUUUCACUGUAUUUGUAUGUGUCGUUGGAUACGGCCUUUGGAACGGACUUAUUUUCCUACCUUGCAUUCUGGGUCUUGUCGGCCCUCCACCUCACAUAACAGCAGUAGAAGCUAAAUUGAGCGAACGGCAUCUUCAAAGAAAAAAUAAAGUUAAAAAUGAUGAUAACAUCGAAGAUGUGCAAGAGAAUAUGGCAGUAACAAGGACGUGAUAUUUAUAUGCUUAUAUGAUCGAGAAAUUUGAAUAGUAACAAAGUUAAAUUUUUUGAAUCGUAUGCCUCAGGUUUGACUAUGAUGAUAUAGCACUGACAUGGGCAAACUACGACCCGCGUGCCAAAUCCGGCCCGUUGUGUAAUUCAAUCUGGCCCUCUUGAUGCUGCCACAACCAAACUAAAAUCAAAUUUUGAUGUUUUAUAUGAAAAAUAGCUCAAGGGAUUUGUUGAGAUUGCGAUUAAAUUGAGUUUCGCCUCGAGUUUAUUGCUUCCCACUUUGUCUUUCGUAACACGGUGAAUAUUGUUCAUAAAAUGUAACUUUUUACGUCACACUUACAUGGCCCGCAAGUCUAAGUGGGCAAAAAAGGUGGGUCUUUUUCAAAAACCCCUGAUAUAGCAGGUACACAUCACGUGUCCAAAUUCGA